UUCUCCAGAGAACGGACCCAUGGACCCGCGUCUUCGAGUGGCAACCACCCGAGCGUCCCCGACGCCAAAUCACCUGACAUGCACUUUCCUCCUCAUUUAGCUCUUUUCGUUUCUUUCUGCCUCAGGCACGAACUUCCAAACCUGAGGUCAUCCGACACCACCUUAUUCGCUCUCUCUUCCAAGCUUACUUCAAUUGAACCGAACGCACGCACACAGAACCAUCUCCCCUCAACGCCGGUGUAGCACCACGACAGUCGCCAAAAACCGAACAAUGCUUCCUCAACGCCAAAUCCUCCGCGCCGUCCCGCGGGUGACGGCCCAGCUGCGUGCUGCGAACCCGACCGUCUUCCGUUCGGCCCUGCAGCGCCGUCUCGCUUCUACCGAAAACGCCUUCGUCAAGGAGCGAGCGGCAGUCAAGGCGCACGCUGCGGCCACGACUGAACUCUGGCGCAAGAUCUCCAUUUACGGCGUCAUCCCAUGCCUCAUCCUCGCCGGCAUCAACGCCUACAACCUGUGGACCGAGCACUGGGAGCACUGGUCGCACAUGCCCCCCUUGGAGGAGCGCGUCGAGUAUCCCUACCAGAACAUCCGCUCUAAGAACUUCCCUUGGGGCAACGGUGACAAGACCUUGUUCUGGAACGAUUCCGUCAACUACCACAACAAGGACAAGACCGCGUAAGCUGAUAUUUUCUCGUCCAAUUUGGAUCGGAGUGGGCUUGAGUUGCGAACGUUAGCCGGGAGACGGAAUGAAAGACGGCGAAGGAGGGACAAUGGCAAGUGGAUAAGACGUGAAAACACCGAGAAAUUGACCCUUAGAGCAGUGGAGGAGAUCGACUGCCCAUGCUGGCAGGUGAUAACGCAUUUCCGUGAUAUUGUAGAUAUUCCUUUUGUCACUGGCACAAGCACGGCAUUGAAAACAGCCAGUCGGCUCUUUUUGUUAUCUUGAACGUCAUUACCAUGGCAAUAUGCUUGGAUUGAUGCAUUGCUAAAUGCAAGUCCCACGGCA